AUGGAAAACAGACCAAUGGAAAAUCUUGUGUUGUCCAGUCAUGAUGUGAUUAGUAGCAUCAGCUCUUCUGCACCAGAUAACAUAUCAAUUACAACUAAUGAAAAUGACAAUGACUCUCCUCAAGAGGGUUCUUCAGGAGGAGAAAAUGAUCAUGGGAUCUCUUUAUUCAGCCUCAAUGCCUCUCCGCAAUCAAGCCAGCAGUUAUUAAAAAAAGAAAAUAAAGAUAACUCACCUAAGGAUGAUAAAAAUCAAAAAGAUUGUUCACUUAAAAGUCAUACUAAUGGCACAAAUUUUACACAAAGUCAGGAAUCCACAAAAUGUUUAUCAAAUACUGUAGAGCUUAGAAAGCAUUCGAGCGAUCACAAAAAAGACAGCAAAGGCCGUCAUCGUAAGAAAAAAUCUUGGUACUCUAAUAUUCUUUAUCCAACGUACAAAUCACGUUCUGAUAACUUUAAGAAAAUUUUCAAGGAUGUACCUGAUGAUGAACGAUUGGUUGUCGAUUAUUCUUGCGCUUUGCAACGUGAAAUACUGCUUCACGGUAGAUUGUACAUAACACAAAAUUAUUUGGGAUUUUAUGCCAACAUUUUUACAUGGGAGACUCUCGUUACGUUGCGCUGGAGGGACGUAACGUCCAUUACCAAAGAAAAAACAGCUCUUGUCAUACCAAAUGCUAUAUCAAUUCAUACUGCCAAUGAAAAAUUUUUUUUCACGUCAUUUGGUUCAAGGGACAAAACUUUCAUGAUGUUAUUUAAAGUCUGGCAAAAUGCACUAAUGGGAAAGCCAAUGAGUGUCAGUGAAAUGUGGCAACUUGUUCACGACAGUUAUGGUAAGGAAUUGGGCCUUACGUCGGAUGACGAGGAUUAUGUUGCGUCACUGUCGACACUUACGACGGGCGAAAAAUCGCCUGAUAAACGUACAUCCUUGGACUCGAUUUUAGAAGGGCAUAAAGAUGAUGAUGACGAUACAACUCCUCUGAAAGAGAUCGGGCGCAUAGGUUUUGCAUUAACAGAGUCAAUAUCCCCGGUACAUUCGGUUAUUGGUGUUUUACCUGAAGACUUGUCUGAUUUGAGUGAUUCAAGUGAAAGUGAAAUCGACAAGGCAUCGUCUACCAACAGUCAAAAUGCGAGUACAUCGGCGAUUUGCACAUCUCCACAUGAUGGACGAAUGAUGAUAAAAGCCACUUUUCCAAUUGAUGUUAAUCAAUUGUUUACACUACUUUUUACAACUUCCAAGUUCUUCCUAGAUUUUCAUACUGCGCGAAAAUCAACUGAUUUAGUCCAGUCAGACUGGACACAAGACAUAACGACAGGUCAGAAGGUACGAAAAGUUUCUUUAACAGUUUUUCUCAAUAAAUCAGUUGGUCCCAAGAGUUCACAAGUUACCGAAACUCAAAUAAUGCUACCAUGUAGUACACCAGGGCAAAUUUAUUGCAUUGACGUGGAAACUGUAAACGCUGGAAUCCCGUACGCUGACUCUUUUAGUGUAGCAACACAUUAUUGUAUAUCCAGGGUUUCAAAAAAUGAAUCAUCGUUGGUAGUUUAUAGCGACAUAAAGUACAAAAAGAAUGUUUGGGGCUUAGUUAAAACAAUCAUAGACAAGAGUUUUUGGACAGGUGUACAAGAGUAUCUAAACAGCUUGGUGAAGGCUUUGAACAUUGAGUGCGAAGAAAAUUGUGAAAUCUUUGUAAAAGGCCGAAAAAGAAAAAGCAGAAGACAGCGCAUUUCUAGUGUUGGUUUAUUACAGAAUCACUCCCCAGAUCAUACAGCUUAUAGUUAUCAACCAUCAAUUUCAGAGUUGCCUGUCAAUCCUAGGAUUAAUGGUAGGUUGAUUCCAGAUCAACGUAAAGAAGAAAAUUCUACUCUCAGCUGGAUAAUUCUCAUUGCUGUUAUAUGUUUGAUAAUCAUCAACUGUUUACUGUACUAUAAAUUAUCAAACUUGGAAGAAGCCAACAUGUAUACAAAAAUAGAUUUACACGUUUUAAAGACUACACCAAAAACCGAAGAAGAUUGGAUAAAUUUACUUCAACAGCAAGAAAGCUUACAUACUGUUGAAGUUAAGAAAUGGCAAAGAGUUUUACACACAACAAUACAAUUACUUAAACAGACAGAAGAAUCAUUGACACAAUUGCAAAUGAGCAUUCAUCCUACGAUGUCUGAAAAAGUUAUCUCAGUAUUAAAACCGGGUAUAAAAAUAUCGCAGGGCGAACAGCGACGUGAACUUUGA